UGCAAGAUGGAUUUGAACCUCUAUCUUCAGCGGAUCGGAAUCAGAGAAUUGAAACCAGAUUUCUCCACACCGUCCCUUUCAGCGCUACGGGAGAUACACCGCCGCCACCUGUUCUCUGUACCAUUCGAGAGCCUCAGUAUGCACAUCGGGGAGAAGAUUAUCCUGGACACCCUCUGGAUUUAUCAGAAAAUUGUUCUGAGGAAACGAGGGGGCUUUUGUUUUGAGAAUAACGGCCUGUUCUUGUGGGUGUUACAAGAGCUGGGGUACCAGCCACUGGUGCUAUCAGCCAGAGUAAGGUCCCCGGCCACUGGUGUGUACGGACCUCCGUUUGACCACAUGAUACUGAGUGUGGAGUUGGAGGGCAGGCGGUGGCUUUGUGAUGUUGGCUUUGGAGAAGGAAUCCUGGAUCCAUUUCCCCUGGAGGCAGCAUGGGAACAGGAGCAGGACAGUGGUGUGUUUCGGUUACGGGUGGAAGCGGAAGAGUGGUACUUGGAAAGUAAGGAGGACAAUGACCAGUGGAGUAGUCUGUACAAGUUCACCCUUGAAGAGAGGAGAUUUGAGGACUUCAGGGAGAUGUGUGACUAUUACCAGACCUCAACAAGCUGUUCCUUUUUUUGCAAAUCUUUCUGUUCCCUACAGCUACCAGAUGGCAGACUGACCUACAUCGGACGCAAGCUGGUCAGCACAGAGUAUAUCAAGGGCGGUGGGAGUGUGAAGACCACCAAAGAACUCAGCGAGGAGGAGAUCCCUGACCUGCUUAGAGAAAAGUUUGGCAUUGUGCUGAGUGCAGCAUUUGUACCAAAGGAUGAGAUCUUGGCCCCAAAUCCUGAUGGACAGUGA